AUGUUUAAUAAAAUUAAUAUAAUAAUUAAAUUUAUCCUUCUUAUUACUAUAUUUUCUGUUUUUAUUUAUGGAGAAGAUACUGAAGAAAAGUUAAAAUGGAUUGAAGAUGAUGGUUUAGAAAUUAAAAUUGUUAAACCUAUAAAUCCUGAAAAAUGUAAAAUUAAGUCACAGGCUGGUGAUAUUGUUGAUCAAUAUUAUAAACUUAGUGAUAAAGAUGGACAAGUAAUUGGAACUAAUUGGGGAAAAAAACCAUAUACAUUUACUCUUGGAAAAGGACAAGUUAUUGCUGGAAUGGAUCGUGCCAUGACUGGUAUGUGUAUUGGAGAGAAAAGAAAAGUUGUCAUUCCUGGUAAACUUGGAUUUGGUGAUGAUGGAAGAGAUCGUGAUGGUAUAAAGGGAGAUCAAACUCUUUAUUAUACAGUACAACUUGUUGAUCUCUUUCGCCCUGUACCUGGUGGAUCAUUUACCGAUGAUGAUGGUCUCCAAGUUACCAUUACCCACAAAAUCGAUGAAGAUAAAUGUAAAAAAUCAGCUCCUGGAGAUACAAUUCAUCAACAAUAUACAUUACAUUUAGAAGAUGGAACAUUUGUUGAUAGUAGUUUUAGUAGAAAUUCACCAUUCAUCUUUAAAUUAGGAGCAACACCAAGACAAGUUAUUGAAGGUAUGGAUCGUGCCAUGACUGGUAUGUGUGAAGGAGAAAGAAGAAAAGUUGUCAUACCAAGUGCUCUUGGAUAUGGUGAAAGUGGAAGAUUACCACAAAUUCCAGGUGGUGCAACCCUUUACUUUGAUAUUGAAUUAGAAAAGUUAAUCAAAAAAGAUGAGCUUUAA